AAAAAGAAAACAUGCGAAAAAAAUGUUCUCUAUCUAAAAAAGAAUAGGAAUUCAUUUAAAAGAACGGACCUAGUAGUAUCUUAUGUACGAUACUAUAAAAUCAGUUUGGAAAUAAUGUUAGGUUAGAAUUAGAUUAAGUUAGGUGUCCUCGGCACUGUUUACAGUGCACACAAACAGCAGAAAAAUGACAUAAUCAGAGCUUUAUUUUAAAAGAUAAAUCGUAGAAUUUCAUAUGAAUCUCAAGAUUCUCAAGGAUGAUAUAUUUCGGGACACUUUUCCCUAGGAUAUUUCUGACCUUGGCUUUAGGUUUAGUGUUUGUAUUAUUCUUCUGCGAAUAUCUCAUAUAUUACAUAGUGCUUAUACAGUGCGAAUGGCCUACUCUGGAUCCUCGAAAGGAGGAUCCUGCUUUACACAGGGAAGUAACGGAUAGACCUGUCACAGCUAUGUUUAUAGCAGACACUCAUUUAUUAGGUUCCAGAGAAGGCCACUGGUUUGAUAAACUACGAAGAGAAUGGCAAAUGUAUAGAACAUUUCAAACUAUGAUGACACUACACCAACCAGAUAUGAUUUUUAUAUUAGGUGACAUUUUUGACGAGGGACAAUGGUGUGGAUCCAUGGAGUUUGAAUACUAUAUUAAGAGAUUCCAUUCCUUAUUUUAUGUGCCGAAAGAUACACACCUUUAUGUCGUAGCUGGAAAUCAUGACAUGGGAUUCCAUUACGCAAUCACACCCUAUCGUAAUCAGCGUUUUAUUAAUGGCUUGAAAAGUCCGAGCGUGCGACGGCUGAGUUUAAGAGACAAUCAUUUUGUGCUAAUCAAUAGCAUGGCGUUAGAAGGAGAUGGUUGUUUUCUAUGCCGACCGACUGAAAUCACAGUGAACAAAAUAGCUAAGGAUUUAAAGUGUGCGAGGAGACUCAACGAUGACUGUCGCAACGCAAGCACGAUUUCCAGAUAUAGUAGGCCUAUAUUGCUGCAACAUUAUCCGAUGUACCGAGAAUCUGAUGAGAUCUGCAAUGAAUUGGAUCAGGCUCCGGACGAGUUAAAGGCCAUCAAGUUUCGAGAACGUUGGGAAUGCUUGUCAAAGGAAGCGUCGGAACAGCUUUUAGAUAUACUAAAUCCGCGACUGAUCGUCGCCGGCCACACUCAUCACGGUUGUAGAAAGAUACAUCGGGAUGACAUCCUGGAAUUCACGAUUCCGUCCUUCAGUUGGCGCAAUAAAAACAAUCCGUCUCUCCUGAUGGGUACUUUUACCCCCACCAAUUAUUCCGUUUCCAAGUGCUACAUGCCCGUGGAAUCUACUGUAAUUAUCAUUUAUAAAAUUAGUCUCCCAUGCAUAGUGAUAUAUCUACUUGUAAAACUCAGGCCAAGGCGACACACGUACUCGCGCUUGAAGAUGCCCUGACGAAAAGAGUUACUUUUGUGACAUAUUCAAACACGAACGAGUGUGCAAUAAUUCUAUAUAUACAAUGCGAUUUAUGGAGACUAUAAUUCUCGAAAUUAGGACAUAUCUGUAUACACUUCGUACACGCUAUUCAUUAUUUACAAUAGUCAUAAUAUAAAAUACUUUGUGAUAAUGUAAUUGUACCGAUGUUAUUCUCGAUGUAUAUAGAACCCUAUUACAUGAAACCCGAAACACGCUCACUAAAAGAUUUUAUAUGUAAGAAGUAUGUAAUUUUACAUAAAAGUCACAAAUAAAGUUAAUAUUAUACAAAUUGAAUCUCAACGAAACUGGAAGUUUGCAAUAACGAUGCUUGAAAAGCUAAAAAAAUAAAAAUAUGCACUCGUACGAGUAAAGUAAAUACAUAAACUUUAUAUUAUUACUCAUAUACACUGUGUACUGCGCUUAUUGUUAUUAUAAUAAUGAUCAGCCAAGACAGUUGCGAAACUGCGUAUUGUAUUCUUACAUUAAAGGAAACGUUAACACUU